AUGACACGAGAUAAUGAAGUUGCUCCAACUCCAGAGGAUACAACUCCUAAGAGCAAGAGAAACCAGCAACCAUCAUGGAACACUGAACACAAGGUGUUAAUUAGUGGGUGGAUAAAAUAUAGAACAUGCAGUGUUGUCGGGAGAAACCAGACAAGUGAAGCAUAUUGGGGUAAAAUUGCUGAGUAUUGUAACGAGCAUUGCUAUUUCGAUUCUCCGCGCGAUGUAGUUGCAUGCCGAAACCGUUUUAAUUAUAUGAACAAAUUAAUAAAUAAAUGGGUUGGUGCUUAUGAUAGCGCUAAGUGUAUGCAAGGAAGCGGUUGGUCGGAAGAUGAUGUUUUGAAAAAAGCUCAACAAUUAUAUGGAUGUGGGAAGAAUGUUCAAUUUACUUUAAUGGAAGAAUGGCGCGCACUCCGAGAUCAACCACAGUAUGGUAGUCAAAUGGGAGGAAAUGUUGACUCAGGAAGUAGUGGAUCUAAGAGAUCUUACGAGGACUCUGUAGGAUCUAGUGCUCGUCCAAUGGGUAGGGAGGCAGCUAAAAAAAAAGGUAAAAAGAAAAGCAAGGACGAGACAAUGAAGAAGGUGGAAGAGGAGUGGGUUCAAUUCAAAGAAUUAAAGGAGCAAGAGAUUGAACAAUUGAAAGAGUUAACUUUGGUGAAACAAUAG